AUGUCUCGCCACCGCAUGUACCAGAACUACGAUUAUGAGAACGACCUGAAAGAGUUUGACGGGGACGAGCUCGCAGAGGAGGAGGAGGAGGAGGAGGAGGAGGAGCUGAGCCCCGAGGACAAGGCCCAGAUGACAGCCGCCACAGCAGAAGUAAAGAGCAUGCUCGGUCCCCAGGCCAGCAAGGUCACAACCCAGCAGAUCCAGGAGUCGUUAUGGCACUACUACUACGACGUCGACAAGACCAUCGCCUACCUGAUCAGCAAGUUCAUCGAUCCCGCACCAAAGCCAACAGCCAAGACCAAGGUCCCCAAGACCACGCCACAAGCAUCCGACGGUGCCGCCGAAGCAGAUCCCUGGAGAGCAUGCGCGGCCACUACCAGGCCAAGACCCCCCUGUGCGAGCUUCUUUGCCGACAUGCCCUGGUUGAACGUCCCCGAGGAACGCAGGACCGUGUUCAUCAAGCCGCCAUACAAGAAGCGGGAGGAGAAGCAGUCAGAGACACCACCGGAGGACACAACCAAAAGUGCUAUCCCCGAGACAGAAACUUUGCGGGCCAAGGUUUCAAAGAUGGAUAUUGGUCACGAGGAAACACCCCAGGCAUCAGACUCUCUCCGCGGCCCGGCGCCCGCCCUCGAUGGCGCAACAGACUCCCAGGAUCACGCGCCAGUGGUGGAAAAGGCACAGCCCUCGACAUUUGCGCAAGCUCUCUUCAAGUCUGCUUCGGAGGCACCACAGCCUCAUCAACAACUUUAUCCGCCACCUUGGCUGGCCUUCACUACUGAUGAGGCCCUGGUCGAGGCCUUCUCCAAGCCGUCUCCUGACGAUGUUGUGCAGGCGGCCCAGUCGCAAGCAGGGAAGAAGCUUGCAUCUAAUACGCCAAGUAGAAAGAACAAAGACACAGCAGAAGCGGCCAAAAAUCUGAAAGAACUGAAGAUCGAUGAGACGCCGCUGCCAAAAAGUAAGAAUCUGAAUGUGCUCAAAGAGUAUGAGAAGAGUCGGCGAAAGAGAAGUGCCAGCUUUGUGGUAGUGGGCCAUGUUGAUUCCGGGAAGAGUACAAUGACUGGCCGGCUACUGCUAGACCUGGGCGAGGUCGACCAGCGGACGAUUGACAAGUACCGGAAGGAGGCUGAGAAGGAAGGCAAGUCUUCAUUCGCGCUCGCCUGGGUACUUGAUACAAGAACAGAGGAGAGAUCCAGGGGCGUCACCAUCGACAUCGCCACCAAGAACUUCGAAACCGAAUCGACGCUAUUCACCAUAGUAGACUCGCCUGGCCACAAAGAUUAUGUGCCAAACAUGAUUGCUGGAGCCAGUCAGGCAGACUUUGCUGUCCUGGUCAUCGAUGCAGCUAAAGGAGCGUUCGAGGCAGGCCUCAAGGGGCAGACCAGAGAACAUGCUCUGCUACUACGGAACCGAUUUGACGAGAUCAAGGGACAGAUCAUGGGAUCCUUGAGAGCUCUGAAAUUCCCAGACGAGAACAUCAGCUUUGUUCCCGUCUCUGGUCUCAACGGCGACAACGUUGUCAACCGCUCCAAAGACCCGGCCGCAUCGUGGUACACAGGCCCAACGCUUAUAGAAGAGCUGGAGUUGUCAGAGCCUGCGGCUCGGCCCCUUGAUAAGCCUCUCCGGAUGACCAUCUCGGAUCUCUGGGACACACGCCUGAGCCCCAUCACCGUGGCUGGACGGCUAGAGGCUGGGUCUCUUCAGGUCGGAGAUGCCCUUCUGGUGCAACCCAGUGGUGAGAAGGCUUAUGUGAAAGCCCUUGAGCUGAAUGGCGAACCGGUCGACUGGGCCGUCGCUGGGCAGCACGUCUUCAUUUACCUAUCACAUGUCGACGAAGAACACAUCCGCAUCGGAGACGUCAUCUGCCCUCCCUCGGCGGCGGUCCCGUGCGUUGAUACGUUCACCAUGAUUGUGCUGGCCUUCGACAUCUUCUUUCCCAUGCCAGUUGACAUCCACAAGGGAAGGUUGCACGUGCCAGGAAAGAUCGACGAACUGCGAGCCGAGCUUGCCUUACGCGGUGGUGCCAUCAAAGGAAAGAAGCCGAAGAUCAUCAAGGCUGGAAGCGCGGCACGGAUCACGAUGAAGACACAUGAGAAGGUUCCACUAGAGAAGGGCGACAGGGUGGUGAUCAGGUACAAUGGAGACACGGUGGCGGCUGGUCUGGUGGAAGAGACCCAGUGA